UAUUUAGAAAAUAAGUCACGUGAUAAGCCCAAGUAGUAUAUAAACCUAGAAAUAUGUUCUGAAAAUCAUUCAAAGUAAUUCCUUUGCAUACGGAAAAACCAAAAAUGUUCAAGCUCGCACUUUUGGUCUGUGCUCUGGCACUUAUCCAGUCCAUUUCUGCUCAAUGCUGCGGACCGUAUAACGGAUUUGAUAUCGGAUGUGGCUGUGGGUGUGGAGGCAUCGGUCCAUUCGCCGGUCCAUAUGACGGCAUCGGUCCAAUCGGCUUGUGUGGUGGUUUGGGACCCGCUGCGCUCGCCGCGUCCAACGGAGGAGGCCUAGUAACAACUAGCUUCUCUCCCAUCGCCCCUACAGGAGUAUCCAUGACUACAGAGACCUGUUAUGAAGGACCGCUGGCUGUGGCUGGUGCUAUGCCGUUCCUAGGCGCGGUAGCCCUUGAAGGCGCUCUGCAAACUGUGGGUGGUGGUGCGGUCGCUUAUGGUUGCGGAAACGGUGAAGUUGCUAUCAUCAGCGAGGACAUCGCAGCUCUAGGACCUUACGACGGAAUCGCUGGACCUUACGGAUUUGCUGGGCUUUACGGCUUUGACGGUCUUGGUUACGGCUUCGGAGGACGUUACGGCUUUGACGGUCUUGGUUGCGGCUUCAAUGGACUUUACGGCUAUGAUGGUCUUGGUUGCGGCUUCAACGGACUUUAUGGCUUUGACGGUCUUGGUUGCGGCUUCAAUGGACUUAACGGCUUUAACGGUCUUGGUUACGGAUAUAAUGGUCUUGGUUGUGGCUUCAAUGGACUUUACGGCUACGAUGGUCUUGGUUGUGGCUUCAAUGGACUUAACGGCUUUGACGGUUUUGGUUGCGGCUUCAAUGGGCUGAACGGUCUUGGUUACGGCUUCGCUGGUCGUGGUUGCGGCUGCGGCUGUGGCUGCAGUGGACGCUUGUGCUAAAAUGUGAUCUUGGCUCUCUUCUUUUGGUACCCUCUUUUUUCCGUUCUUUCUUCCUACUUUUUUUUUCUUUCAUCUUCUAUAGUUAUCUCAACCUACCUAAAGCUCAAAUUCUCUAAAUCAAUCUUAACCUACCUAAAAGUCAAGUUCCCUAAAUUAACCUAGAUCAAUUACUUAGAAGAGCUUUCAAACUCUCUAAUUAUUAUAUUUAUUAGACGCAUGCUACCAGGGAGCAUACAUCGACAGGAUGAUUUAACACUUUAGAGAGCUGAUACAAACAUCCACUGACAGUUUUUCCAUUCCAUCAGCCUGUUAUUGCGUCCACUGCUGUACAUAUGCCUUUUCAAGAGCGUGCCACUAAACACGGUCCUCCACCUUCCUCAACCACCCAUUUCUCACCACCUUCUUCAGAUCAUGGGUUCAACGGACUGUAGUUCGUCCUACACUGCACUUACCACUAACAGUGACUGGUGGUAGUGAUUUCUGGACGCAGAGUCUCUAGGCGCGUGAAGCGGUAUUAAUUAUAGAAAAAAGCUACCUGGUUAUAUUCUAGAACCACCAUCGUUCGGUCACCCAUUGAACCACCGACUUGAAUCAACGUUGGACACAAGCGCAAUUGAUUAAUCUGUCAAACUCUCUAAAUAAUUGUCCACAAUACAGCGCAUGGUACCAGGGUAUUACAGCUCAACAGGAGUGUUAAUGACAUCAGCGUGGCUGCGGAACCUGGCCAUAUCGCGGGUUUUGAACCCUUUACGGGGUCCUAAAGUCUUGGACGUUACUAUAACGGGCUUGCUGGACCCUACGGAUUCGCUGAACUUUACGGCAUUGACAGUCUUGGUUACGGCUUCGCUGGAACUUACGGCUUUGACGGUCUUGCUUACGGCUUUACUGGACCUUAGACCGCGGAUACACCUGUAAGUUAUACUCACGUAAUUAGCUUACAUGAUUAAUUUACGACAAAUUUACUAAUGUAAACAUUCUCUUAUAAGUACAUUUGCAUUAGUAAAUUUGUUGUCAAUUAAUUUCGUAAGUUACUUCCGUGAGUAAAACUUACAGGUGUAGUCGCGGACUUACGGCUUUAACGGUCUUAUAGGCUUCGUACCGGACCAUUUUACUGAAUGUAAUUUUGGUUUUAAUGAUUUUAAUAAACAAAUUUUGAAUUCUUGCA